AUGCAGCCAAUGAGCCUCGUCGCUGGCACUCUGGUGCCUGCACUCCUGCAGAAGAGCCAUGUCGGGCCGGUGCUGCGCCAGUCAAGCAGCAAGGGCAAUCCUGAGGGGGAACGGCUUGAACUUCCGAGCUGCGGCUCUUGCGGACACCACCGCAGCGGGGGAUGCCGGCGGAGCGACCGCAAUGAAACGACUGUGCGGUUGUCAGUCGGGCUGCAGGCAAACCGCCUCGCCGCCCCACAACCGACAGUGCAUGGGACCUUCUCGAAGGGUGACGCCGUCGUGGUCCCCGUCACGCCCGCAGCAAUGCCCUGCCGCAAUCACUCGCACAGAGAGACAAUAAAGAGUCUUGUGGAUGUGUGCCGAGAGCACAGCGACCGUCAUUGCCAGAGAGGGCCAUCGUGA